UUUUACCCCGGUAAUUAACAUAUAUUGUUUCAUUUCGUCUUCUCUAAACAUGAUCAUGACCAUGGGACCACUAACUUCAACCUCUAUGCAUGUGAUCUUUUUCCUAUGGACCUUGCUUCUUUUCUCAGGAAAUAUAUUGUCGGAUGGUGCAAGAGUGUUCACCAUAAUUAACGAUUGCGACGAGACUAUUUGGCCAGCGAUCACCCCGGGUGAGAGCUUUGGCGGUGGUGGAUACAGGUUACGAGCCAAAGAAUCCAGGGUCCACACCGCACCUGUUGGUUGGUCAGGUCGAAUAUGGGGUCGAACCAACUGCAAGUUCGAUACCAACGGCAAUGGAACAUGUCUAACGGGGCGAUGUGGUUCAUCGCUCCAAUGUUCUGCCUCGGGUGAAACCCCAGCGACACUUGCCGAAUUUACCCUCACCACAUUAAACUUUUACGAUGUUAGCCUCGUCGAUGGCUUUAAUUUACCAAUGUCCGUUAGACCGGUUAAUGGAAAGGGAAACUGCAGCGUUGCGGGUUGCGUGGGUGACUUACGGAAAAACUGCCCUAAGGAACUAUCCGUUAAGGCAGGUGGUAAGGUAGCAGCUUGUCGAAGUGCUUGUGAUGUGUUUAAUACCGACGAGUAUUGCUGUCGUGGUAACUAUGGAAACUCCGCGACUUGCAAACCAACGUAUUACUCUAAGAAAUUUAAGGAUGCGUGCCCGACUUCUUAUAGUUACGCUUACGACGAUCCGACAAGCAUUUUUACUUGUUCAGAGGCCGAUUAUACCAUCACGUUUUGCGGAUCAAAGAACCGAACUCAAUGCUCGUAUUACAAUAACAAGUUGCAUUGUAGCGGAUCCACGAUGGUGUUCAUGAAGAACUUUACAUGGAGUUUGAUGAUGGUUUUAGUAGUUGUUUGUUUAUCAAUAUUGUUGUAAAGAAGUCGGAUUUUAUAUGUUAUGUUCUUUUGUUACCAACAUUCUCAAUUGAUAUAUAACUUUUUUUAUGUUGUUAUUUUUACAA